AUGGCGAUGGUUGCCCACUGUUGCUACUGUUGUUCAAUUGGGUGUGUGGUGCAGGCAUUUGGACCCACUUUGACCUGGUGUUUGACAACCACAACAAGACUGGUGGGCGCCGGCUGGGAUCCGGGCCGCGGCCAUCGCGCAUCGGCGACUGACACCGUGGAUACCAACAGACCGUGGGCGACGACACGGCCGGGAGAUAUUGGCCUGCUCGGCCUGCUCGUUUCGUUCCUCAGACGAGUCUACAGUUCCGGGGCUCUGGAUGCGAGGGCAACCCACGUCGGGCUGGCUGUAGCCAACAUGCACCUAAGCGGCAUACACCAGGGGACCGAGGGAUCACGGAGAAGCGGCAAGAGAAGACGUCUGUUCCCGGCUGCCGUCAUCUACUCUAGCAUAGUGCAUGCCGAAUGCACGCUCACGGAUGCGGCUAGCAUGACAAUCACUCCGGAGUCCCUCCGUCCCGUCCUUACCUCAUCCGCGCCGCUCGAGGAACACGAGCCAUUGACGGACCGCGCAUGA